ACCUGGGCCAUUCUGUGCUUCCCGCUGCCAGCCCACACGUUCGGCUCCAGCUGGGCCGGCCCAUUCCAACCCACGAACCUCUUGCUCUCUCGUUUCUCUCCCCAACUCGGCGAACCCGGAUCGCACCGAGCGCCGAGAAUGGAUGCUCCGCAAGCGUGCGCCGCCGGCUCCGAGCUGGAGCUCGCGCGGGCGCGGUGCGGCGCGCUGCACGGCCGCCUCGCGGCUUCGCCGGACCUGCCGCGCCAGCCCGCGCUCCGCUCCCUCCUCCGCCUCGUCACCGCCGAGCUGGGGUUCCUCGCCUCGGCCCACCCGGACCCCGCGGCGCCGCUCUCCUCCAACCUGCCCCACCUCGCGGCGCUCCACCUCCUCCUCACCCACCCGGCCGUGCGGAGCCCGUCUCGGCUCUCGCCGCUCCCGGGGGUCGACUUCGCCUGCGCCUUCCGCGGCCGGCCCGCGUGGGCGCUCCUCUCCGCGAGCAACCCCGCCAGGCUCGCCUGGGUCCCGCGCGGGGGGCUCCGCGCCCGCGUCGCGUCGGUGCUGGAUGCCGCGCGCGGCGCUCCGCCCGCUACGCGACCCGAGAAGCUGCUCCUCGUCUUCUCCCGCGGUGUCGGCGCGGACAUCGCGCUGGGGCUCGCGGUGGGGUUUGGGGCCGUGGAGACCGACAUGCUCGCGGAGUUCGUCGGUGUUUCCGAGGAUGAGGAUGAUGAAGGGUGGAUUGCCGUCAGCUUCAACACGGGUGAGGAGAUGAGGAGCUUCAGGGCGUUCGAGAUUGAUAUCGUGGAGGGUGCUGCCGAGGUUUUGCUGCCACCGGAGGCCACGGUGGCUGAGGGAAGCUCUGAUGAGGAGGUGCCUUUGGGUUUUGAGGGAGCGUUUGGUGCCUUCGUGGGGAAGAUGUGGAGGGAAUCGAGGGAGCUGAUGAAUUUGGACACCACGGCCCUGGUUGCUAUAGUGUCAGGGAUCAGCAACGGCGGGGUGGGGAAACUGAUGGCUGCGCCCAAGGAAGUGACCAGGGCAAGGUUCAAGUGCAACUACAAGUUCGUCAUGGAUCAGGCACAUUCCGAACUGCAGUUACCAAUACUCCUAGAGUUGGGUAAAGCAGUUGAGGGUAAGCAAUGUAUCAUAUGUGGAACUGUCAACUCAGAGUUCAAAGAAAUUGUUUCGAUGUGUGGUGGGCCUGAGGAGAAAACCAGAGCAAGACACUUACUGAAACAACUCACUAUUAUCCCAGACAGUCCUUCAGCACGUAUGAUGGAUCUUCCAACCACAAGGAAGCUCGCAAUGAAGAACAAAGUUGUUUUCGGUACAGGUGACCAUUGGCGCGCUCCAACUUUGACUGCUAACAUGGGGUUUGUAAGGGCUGUUUCACAGUCUGGUAUGCCUUUGCUAACCAUCGAGCACAGACCUCGGGCAUUGAUUGGUCUGUAACAGACGGGUGGGCAAAAACUAAGGUAUAGGUGUUUGAGAUCCAAGCGUUGUAAUUCUGCCCCUCCGGAACAUGAAUCUAUCAGAAGUUGUAGUCAUUUUAGUUGUGCUGUUCCGAGAGCUUGGUGCAGUGAUGUCUAUCUUGUCCUGCUUGCUUUGUACAUAACUUUAUAUGGUCCUGAUCCACUGAAGUUUUUUGGAGUGAGAAUGGUGUUUUCAUUUA